GAUCGAAAUUUUAGUCUGUAUAAAUCCGUUCGUAUUCGUGUAUCGCAAAAUUCAAUUCGAACGCAGGGAGCACGUAACAAGAACGAGUCAAGAAAACUGUUUUAUUGUUAGCGUUUAUUGAUCGCUGAUCAAUUAUGUCGCAACAAAGUUCGGGAAUUAUGCCGGAUGUAGAGGUAAAAAGCACAGCGAUGUUCAAAGUUCUUCAAAACGAUAGAGUCGGAAGAUACAUGGUCGCUAACAAGGAGUUGGCCCCGGGCGAAGAAAUCAUUACGGAGAUGCCAUUUGUAGUAGGACCAAAGGCAUUCACUUAUCCCUUAUGCCUUUCGUGUUAUACAUCGUGGCCUUCAACAAGCGAUAAACCGCUUUGUUCUAAAUGUGGAUGGCCAGUUUGCUCAACAGAAUGUGAAAAUCAACCACAGCACAAAGAUUACGAGUGUCAGAUAUUCGUACAAGCAAAUGAAAAGUUUAACGUGGCCGAAGCUUUAGACGAGACUAACAUGAACGGAGUCCCGCAAUUAGAAUGCAUAACGCCGUUGAGGUUGCUAUUGGAAUCGGAGAGAAAUCCCGAAAAAUGGAACAAGGGAGUGAAAGACAUGGAGGCUCACAAUAAAAUAAGAAGCCAAAAGGAACAUUGGAAAUCGGACCACGUGAACGUGGUAGAAUAUUUGAGAAAGCGACUUAAAAUCGAUAGAUUCUCGGAGGAAAGCAUUCAAACAGCGUGUGGAAUUUUGGAAAUAAAUACUUUCGAAGUUCGAACAGCAAAUGGUUACAGCGCUAGGGCUCUUUAUUCAACGGUUGCGCUAAUGAAUCAUUCUUGCGUCUCGAAUACAUGCCAUAGCAUUUCGCCAACCGAUUACAGAAUACGAUUGCGUACGACGAUAAAGGUACCUCCGGGCGGUGAACUUUAUGGCAGUUACACGCAUUCAUUAUUACCGACGAUGCUGAGGAGGGAACAUCUUCUCGAAGGGAAAUACUUUGCGUGCGCUUGUCCGAGAUGCUCGGAUCCAACCGAGCUUGGAACCCAUAUGUCUUCGCUAAAGUGUAACAAAUGUGAUAAUGGAAUCGUGUUAUCUUUAGAUUCUUUAGAUCCCGAGAGCGGCUGGAAAUGCACGCAUUGCGAAUUCUCGACCAGCGGAUCAGCCGUUCGAAAAGUAUUUCAAAUAAUACACUCGGAAGUAGAGGCGGUGGAGACUAUCAGCGGAGCCGAUGGCGCUGAUGCAAUUCACGAAAGAGAAACGGUUAUGAAAAAGUAUCAUUCCGUUUUGCAUCCCCGUCAUGCUUUCAAUACUAUGUUGAGGCACUCGUUAACGCAAAUGUACGGCCGGGUCGAUGAAUAUCUCCUAGACGACCUGCCAGACGUCGUAUUAGAGCACAAAAUCGAUAUGUGCAAGUUACUGCUUCAAGUAUUGGAUGUCAUAGAGCCGGGUUAUUCUCGUGUACGAGGAAUGACGUUGUACGAGCUCCACGCGCCGUUGCUUUUCAUCGCUAAGACGCAAUGGAACGCCGGGGUGAUCGACGAAGCCGCAUUGAAAUCGAAAAUGAUAGAGGCUUCGGAAAUUUUGAAAGAAUCAGGGACGAUUUUGUGCUUGGAACCACCGGACACGCCCGAGGGCCAAAUAGGCCUCGUCGCGAAAGAAUCGUUGAUUCAGCUCGAGCAAUCGAUCCUUGAUCUAUAAGUAUUUAUUGUAAAUAUAUAAAUAUUCUUAUAAAUGUAUUUAUUAGUUAAUAAAUAAACAGGA